AUGGAAGAGAGCGAAUGGGAGCAGCUGACUUGUAUACUCUUGUUAAGACGAGGUCCUCAGCUGGACCAUCCCACCUGGAGGCCCCACAUGUCUUGGCCACCUGCUGCUUCCUCUGGAUACUCAGCUAUAGAUCUCUCCUCUGUCCGCUGUGAAAACAGACACUUUACUUAUGAGUGCACGCCAGUUAGCUGGCUCGAGUGGACUGUCGGAUCAGGCCGUUUUGUCAAAACUGCUGAAGAGAAAGAACAUGAUGUUAACAACACUGGAGUACCAGAAAAUGCUGUUCAGAGUUCAAAUGCAACAAAUACACCAACAACAAUAAAUAGUAUCCCUAACGUUCCAGUCAGUAAUAGGUUUGAACCUCUUUCUACGGAAAUGGAAGACGAACCUGACGAAACAAUAGUUACUCAUCAACCACCUCCAAUUAAAAUAAAAGGCAUAACAAACUUCCAAACUCUCUGCACGAAUUUAAGGCGUAACACGACCGACUUACUUACACCGUCCCUAUCUCGCAAAAACUACACAACACGACUUACGCACAGGCAACGUGUACUAAAACUACAUAUCACAACACAACACCACAAUUCACAACUGCUCAAACAACGAGUGUAA